AUCUGCUGGAAUCCUAAAAUUGGGAGCAAGGGAAGGGGAUGGGCGGCUGGGCGAAGGAUGUGUCCUCGUCGGAGGGCACGCUGGUCUGGGUCCGCCGCCCCAACGGCUCCUGGUGGCCCGGCCGCGUCAUCUCCCCGCUCGACGUCCCCGACGGCUGCCCCGCUCCCCCCAAGGCGCCGGCCACCCCCAUCAUGCUCCUCGGCCGCCGCCAGGGCCCCACCUUCGUUGACUGGUGCAACCUCGAGAGGACCAAGCGCGUCAAGCCGUUCCGCUGCGGGGAGGUGGAGUUCGACGACUUCAUCACCAAGGCCGAGACGCAGGACGCCCUCCGCCGCGCCACCACCAGCAACGGCACCAAGAAGAAGAGGGAUUACAGUGCCUACAACACCGGCAGGUACGCCCGCAAGGAGGACGCCAUUCUCCAAGCCCUCCAGAUCGAGAGAGCUCACUUUCAGGAUGCGCCCAGCAAGAACCGCACUGCCGACAACACCCUCCUCAAUCUGCCCACCGCCGCCAUGGACGCACCUUCCUCCACCGCCGUCAUCAACCCGCCGCCUCCCAAGAGGAAGCGCAAGACGCCAAAUGAUUCCGAAGACGAUGUGCCUCAGGGCUUCCCACGCAUGAGGGACCUCAGCGACAUUGGAUCGAAUAAGUUCUCAAAGCGCAUGCCCAAUCUAGGCACAUUCUCUGAUUUCACUGAUGAUCUGCCUACUACUUGUCCCGUCAAAAGGAGUAGGCAGUCUGAUGCUACUGCAAAGAGGAAACCACCUAGUCCAGACCUGGAUGGAGUAUUUGGGAGUGUAAGGAAGAAAGACAGGUCCCGUCCUCUAUCAGAGCUAUUCAACGGUGACAUGUGGAAUGGGUUCAAACCGAAUGGUCGAAGGUCUAAUCAGCUUUCCAUAGACGCAGGUAGCUGUUCCAGCAGUUCCCCGGGAACUUCAAGCUUGGAUACUGUAAUGGAUAAGUGCAACUCUCGUCGUGACAGUGCAUUCAAGAUUGAUCAAUCAAAAGGAGCUCAAGUUUCCUGCAUGACUAGGUUACCUGAUGAUGAUUUCUCCCAUCGGAAUAGUUUUGCUGCUACUUCUUUCACCGCCGGAAGUAUGUUGGAACCAGAUCAUUUGAAAGCGUAUCUACCUUCUGCCUUGACAAAGGAUCCUAUCUGCAAACUCAAAAGGCAAGCUACCAGCUGCAGCAAAGCCAGCAUAUCUUCCCGAUGCGAUCGAAGAAAUGUUAAGAAGCAAAUCAUAAGCUCUGCUGAUUGUGGGGGUAACAAUGGGGAAAGCAUUGCAUUGGAGCCUGGAUAUCACAAAGACAGGGUUGUAAAUCACAGAUCAUCAAUCAGUGAGGUUAUCCUUUCGGAAGAAAAGGUGGACAAGAGUUCAGUAAACAGGCCAUCUGGCCCUGAUGUUGUUAAGCAGCUUGCAGUAUUUCCUACUGAUUUGGACUGUGGCGGUGCAGUCAAGAAGCAAUGCUCUGAAGUGAAGCAUGAGCAUGAAGAAUUGUCUGAAAUUCUGAGUAGCCCUUCAAAUUGUGACAAUGUUUCAGCAUCAUCUCUGGUCUUUGAGUUGCCACUUCAGGUGUUGCCACCCGAACAGAGAACACCUGAACCUGCAAGGUGCCAUGCAGUAAAGCCAACCAAGACACUCCAAUUGAAUCCCAUCCUUUAUGAUGUGGAGCUAAGUGGGAAUGGAUGCACCAACAAGGGGCGCCGUGUUCCUCUUGUUUCCCUGAUGAGUAGAUGGAACCGAAGACCCGUUGUGGGGUAUCCAGUCUCUGUGGAGGUCUCAGAUGGUGUAUGUUUCCUUCCUGCAUCAGGUGUAAAUGAUCACCAUCCUGCCACAAGCAUUGUUAAUGGAGCACUGAAGAAGGAUGAAGCUGCAAGCCCAGGACGUCUGAGAUCACACACGGGAGGAGCAAAGCCCAGAAGCCGCAGGAAGAUGUCUGAGCUCGAAAUGGAUAAAUCAUGGCGGCCACACACUAAAACUCAUGCGCCUUCUUCAAGAAAGAUGCGGAGGCUUUCAUCUUUCGAGAUAAAUCGGAGAGGCGCUGGAGACAAUAAGUCAGUAGUAGGUAAAAUCUCUGCGCCAACUAUUGCAUGCAUCCCACUUCGAGUUGUUUUCAGUAGGAUCAAUGAAGCGUUGAGCUUUCAAAUGAAAUGAGGUAUGCAUAUCCUUGUCUUACUGGAGGAUGAAUGGGGAUGAUGUUUCGGAGCUUUGUCCUGAGUUAUGCUCCAGAUAGGAUGUACCAGUACCACCAUGGCUGUCUAAGGUGAGAUGCUUUUCAUUGGUGAAGAGUGUCUUAGACAGUCGGGGUACUUGAGUUCCUCCGGCAGAUGUUGCUGUAUGUAAAUUUUCUUACUAUAGCAUUAGAAGAUGAUCGAUACUAGCAUUCUGGCAGUAUGCAGAUUGUGAUUCACAAUUGUCGAUUGGGGUAGGUGGUGGCCCACCUUGGAUUUUUGUGGAGCAUGAUCUAUAAAACUAGCUAACAGUGGAAUCAAGGGAAGGCAGG